AUGUCUCGCGACGCGAAGCAGUGCCGACUGAUUCUACCAGCAAGUGCGAAGGCUCGCUCUAGCGCGGGCCCGUCUCCUUGGAAGCACGACGAGCCCAGCCCUCAGGUUCUGCACACCGUUCAGGCGCACAUCCGUUUCUGGCACCACCAUCUUCAGCCCCAGGAUUCGUUCUUGGUCGUUGAACCCGAUAUCGUUGGUCACAGCGUCGAUUGGUGGUGA